AUGUCCCGCCGUCUCCUCUCACUCUUCCGCGCGGAAGAACUGCAGAACACGGGCUCCGUAGCCCGCGAUCUCCUCGCUUCCGAACGCACAUUCCUAGCCUGGGCGAGAACGGGAUUGGGAUUCAUCGCCCUGGGCGUAGCGCUUGAGAAAGUCGAAGCCUUUGCCGCAAUUUCCCCGACUCUGCUACAUCUUGAAGACGGUCGGACGAGAAUCGCUGCGGGCGUGCUUGUGGGGAGUGGGAGUUUGUGCGUUGCACAUGGGACACAGAGAUAUUUCAGUGUUUUGCGGUCGAUACAACGAGGCGUGUUCAGGCCGAAUGUCGCCGGCGUGACGUUGAUGGCUGCCACGAGUGUUGGCGUCGCUUUUGCUGGUGCUCUACUGGUUUUGGAGAAUGAUGGAGGUCGCAAGUCUGAUGCCAUCAAGACGUGA